AAUCAUGAAAAUUUGUCCAGUGUGUUUUGUUUUGGUUUGUAAAAUUCUCGUCCAAUGAGAACAGAUAACUUGUUCAUAGUAUCGAUAGCUGAUUCGAUAAACUCUUGCUGCUUUUACCUUCAGGUUCCAUAUAAUUAUUCAUCAUUCAUAUCAUAAUAUCUUUUAAAAUAAUAUUGGAACAGAUUUUCCUUAACCAAAUUCCCGGAUUUUCAUUCUGUUCCGCUGCUUGUUUGUGUUUCAUAUCGGUGUUUAUUCUAUAACAUAAUGGAGUCCAUAAUAAGCGAAGAGCAAAAUCAGCACAUUGUUGAUGACUUGCAGUUAGCAACAAAUCAAAAAACACCUCUUUCGACGAAAAAAAGAAUAAAACCAAAGAAGCAACCAAAAAACUACACAGAGCAGCAUCUACGAGAGCUAAUACGCCAAGUUCAAAACGGAUCAAUGACCAUGUAUCAGGUGAACAAGUACUACGGCAUACCGCGUUCAACGCUGCAGUUUCGGCUCAGUAAUAAAUACAAACAUCAGGGUAGAAGUGGCAGACUCCCCGUUGUUCUUCGGAAUGAGGAGGAAGAAAUUUGCAAAUUCCUACGUACAAUGAUAGAGAGAGGAUUUCCUAUCACACGUCAUAGAUUGCAGCACACUAUUUCCUGCUACAUCAAACGCAACCCUAGAGCCAACCCGUUCAGAAAUAAUAUUCCAGGUAGACGAUGGAUUGCAGCAUUUCUGGAUCGAAACUCCUACCUAUCCCUUUCCACGCAAGAAACCAUCCCUGCAGAAAAAUUUAAAGUCAACGAGGAUGAUAUAAACAGCUGGUUUACUGGUAUUUGCAACUUUUUAGAAAGUCGUAAUCUGGCUUACAUACUUGAAGAUCCUUCAAGGAUACUCAGCGGAGAUGCAUCUAAAUUAUGCAUUCCUACUUGCUAUCAACGCAAGAAUGGUCAUGGCAAAACCACAAAAAUAUCAAUAAUGAAAUCUGGGAUAGCUCGGCCGACCGUUACAGUGAUGUACACAGUCUCCGCGGAUGGUGCCAUAAUGCCUCCAUAUGUUUUACUUCCCCGCCAAUGGAGCCAGGAGCUUGUAAGGAGUUUCCCGAAAGAUUUGCGUUGCGGAAAUAGUGCAACUGAAUCAAUGAACACACCAGAAUUCAUUGAAUACGUCGAAACAGUUCUUCAUCCCACUCUCACACAAAGCAAUGUAAAGUUUCCUGUCCUAUAUUUCGUUGACGGUCACCAGUCGCAUGCCGCAUUUGAAGCAGUUGAUAUAUGUGAGAAGCUUGGAAUUAUUCUCAUCGCACUGUAUCCCGAUCCAGCCAGAAUGCUACUGCCAAUAAUUAAAAACAUAUUUCGGUCAUUGAAAUCUUCCUGGAAUCGUGUAAUCCAUGAAUCAAAAACUCCUGUGACAAUGCUCACGUUUUGGAAUGUUCUGCAGAAGACCAAUAGAACCAAACUGACGAAAUGUAAAAUAUUGAGUGCAUUCGAAAGAUUUGGCCUGUUUCCCUUUAGCCGGCAAAUAGAUACAACAAUCAAGCCCCAGUUUGACCCAUUGGUUGAAAUUCCUUCCUCUAUACUUCAGCAAGCUAGGGACCUCAUUGGCCAAGAGAAAAUUUAUUUUCUCAAUUCCCAUCCAGUGCAAUGUAUGACACAAGAAGAUAAAGCACUGCAUUACAUACUUAACAACAUUUUGUCACUGAGUACACCCGCCCCAGCUGUCAAAUAUGAAAGUCCGGCCGACUUGACUGAAACGACCAACUUGAAAGUAGAGGACAGUAACGAUGAGCAAUCCGAGGAUACGGUUCUAGACGACAAUGAGGAAGUCGAAUAUGCCUUCGAAGUCGACAUGGAUUUAGAAACCGACGUAAAAAUAGAACAAGACGAAGUUUGUGACGAAACACAGAACGUCGAAGCUGAAUGAACGGUUCGGAAGGUCUUGUAUAAAGAGUAUAAAUUAAUUCUAUAGUUAUUUUAUUUAAAUGUAAAUAUAAUAAUACUGUUUUAUGUAAAGUUCGAUAACCAACACGCCAAUGUUUUUUUCAUACACACACUA